CAGAAUGAAGAAGGAAUCAUCGAAUGUGAAGAUGAAAGAUCGUCAUCUGAACCAGAAGACAAUCAGGAGCAGGUGGGUCAUCAGAUUUUGUGCGAGUGAAUAAGGUGUCUUCCUUAAAAAAGGAUUUUACUUAACAACAAACUUAAGAACGCUUGCUAACCAUUCCAUGGUGAAUGUUAAGUACUAGUUACAAUUUAAAUGAAUACCGUAAAAUUCCGAAAAUAAGCCCCUCCAUGUAUAAGCCCCUCCAAAUAUAAGCCCCCCAAACUCGUGACCCAAAACACCCUUCGUUAAAUCGCCCCUCCAAAUAUAAGCCCCCCGGAGGGCUUGUACUUGGAAAUUGCCCUUAAAUACAAAGUAAAACAAAGAAAAACGAUAAAUUUCCUUCUAACUAUAAGGCUAGCCCAAUCGAUUUUUAAACGCAAAUUUCCCUCCGAACAUAAGCCCCUCCAAAAAUAAGCUCCUCAAAAAUGGCCUUUGAAAAAUAUAAGCCCCGGGGCUUAUUUUCGGAAUUUUACGGUAUUUUUGAAAGUUAAUUAUUAUACAUUUGUGAACGAACGUUAAACAACAAAAAGCGCUCAAAAUUUAGCCAGAAAAGACAAGAAACAAUUGAAAUAAUAUUCACGGGAGUUGUAUCAUUGUUGGAAAAAAGCUGCAAAAUGGAGAAGGCUUGUUUUAUAUUCAAUGUGUGUCUUGCUCCAUCACCCCACCCCCUGUAUUAACAGUACAGAGAUGUAGAUCUUUUUUUUUUUACUUCCUGGGAGGUGGGAUUACAGACUGAGCUUUGUGACUUGUGUCAGUGGGACACCUGUCCCUCAGUGGGGUAGAAAGUGAACAAACAAAGCCUUCCAGGGCCCGCAUUGUUGUUGUUAAUUGUUUACCUUUUUUAACUUUUUUCAACGAUUACUCGCAAUACACUUACAAUAAACAAUAUUACUAUAAAGACAAAUUAUAGUUACACACGUAAUGCAAAUAGUGAGAGACACCUUCCAAGUUAAGAAAGGUUAAACUAACAACAUAUGCAUGACACGUUGCAAUAACCGGGAUGUCGCUAACAAAAAAUGAGAAAAAGGAUUACAAUAAUUACUGCCAGCGGAGAUAUAUAGAAUUAUUGAUCUUCAAAUUAGUUUUUUUUUUUAAUGAGUGGUGUUUUAAUGUUGCUUUGUGUUUGGCAGCAGGAUUAUUCAUCAGCUGAUCAUGACGACGAGGAAGCAAGCGAGCGGGUGAGUUUGCGACUUUACGCACACUUUGUCUCCUUCAUUGACUGGAUUUUUUAGUCUCUUUUAAGUUAAAUUUUUAUAAACGAACAGGAUUUUGUUUAUCAAGUUUAAACCACAAUGCACAGCUGAGUGUUUUUGAGAGUUUCCAAUACUCGAUGGGUUGGUUUUUUUAAUUAUUUCCGAGAAAAAUGAAGACAAAACCCCUUCGUGUUUUAUCGGAUGUAAACACUCCCCGUUUGAAUUUUCUUCUUUAACUAUAACUGAGUUUUCUAAUCUUAUUGUAUGAUUGUGAACGUUAUUUUCCCCAAUACUCUAGAUGUCUUAUACAAACAGUUUCUAUCAAAAAGACACAAAACUCAGGCAGAUAUUGGGCUUAAGUCACCUGCUAUUUUAUAGUAAGCGUGAUCAGUGUAGAGGCAUGUUUUGUGUUUCGCCUCUUGCUGUCACCUUUUGACUGUUAUAAAAUUGGCGUUCAUUGACGUAUUUUUUGACUUGUCUCUCCUCGUGAAAUCAUAAUCCUAAAAUAUCAUAACAAGUGGAUGAUGUGUAGUGUAAGUGUUUUGAUUUGUGGCAGGAUGAGGAAGGAAUGAUCGAAUCUGAAGAUGAAAGAUCGUCUUCUGAACCAGAAGACAAUCAGGAGCAGGUG